GGUUCUUUGCCUGAUUUUACUCUUUUGGCUCUUUUUGGCCUUGGUGCAGUCACUAUGAGAGGAGCUGGUUGCACCAUCAAUGACAUGUGGGAUAAAGAUAUCGAUGCAAAAGUCAGUCGAACGAAAGAUAGGCCUCUUGUACAAGGACAGAUCUCUCAGUUGGAUGCACUUGUAUUUCUUGGAGGCCAGCUAGGAGUGGGACUUCUUAUCCUACUUCAGUUGAAUUUGUACAGUAUUGUCCUUGGAGCCUCUUCUCUAGCACUUGUGAUUAGUUAUCCACUGAUGAAGAGGAUAACGAACUGGCCUCAACUGGUCCUCGGAAUGACUUUCAACUGGGGUGCACUGUUAGGUUUUUCAGCUGUGCAGGGCUCUUGUGAUUGGUUCCUUUGCCUUCCCCUCUAUGUAGCAGGUGUUUGUUGGACUGUGAUCUAUGAUACUAUUUAUGCCCAUCAGGACGUACGCGAUGAUCUACAGUUAGGUCUCAAAUCAACAGCCAUCUAUUUUGGAGACAACACGCAAAAAUGGUUAAGUGGGUUUUCUGUACUUAUGUUGUCUAACCUAGCUCUUUGUGGUCUGCAGUGUGACCAAACGUGGCCCUACUAUCUUUCACUUUCCUUGAUUGGAGCUCAUCUUGCCAGACAGGUAUUUUCUUUUGUUUUUAAAUAA